AUGUGGGCUUCUUCUACAGCUAAUGCUUUGAAGCUCUCAACUUGUGCUUCAAGAUCAUCUCUUGUUUCCCCUGCCUUUUCCCUCUCAAGAUGCUUUUCAACUGUUUUGGAUGGUUUCAAAUAUGCUUCUUCACAUGAAUGGGUGAAGCAUGAUGGACCUGUGGCCACCAUUGGAAUCACAGACCAUGCUCAGGACCACCUUGGAGAAGUCGUGUUCGUCGAGCUUCCGGAGAAGGGGAAAACCGUGGUGCAGGGCGGCAGUUUUGGGGCAGUCGAGAGUGUUAAGGCCACGAGCGAUGUCAACUCACCCAUAUCCGGGGAGGUCGUGGAGGUCAACACCAAGCUUACUGAUACACCCGGAUUGAUCAAUUCAAGCCCAUAUGAAGAUGGAUGGAUGAUCAAGGUGAAGCCAAGUAAUCCUUCAGAGCUUGAUUCCUUAAUGGGAGCUAAAGAGUACACCAAGUUUUGUGAAGAAGAAGAUGCUUCUCAUUGA